AUGUCAUCUAUUUUGAGACAUGAAAUGAAACAUCAGCUGAAAGCUAACGCGCGUUGGUCUGUUCAAGGUUACGAUCAUAUGGAUAUAAACGGAGGUCUGUUUAACGAAUCAGGAGAAUAUGAACAAACCAUAGAUGAGCAAAUCCCAGCAAUAUACACUUCGGAGGAUGAGCGUAUUCGGACACCAGCUGUCUUAUCAGAUACCUCGCGCUCACCCAUUUUUUCCGAUAACCGUCAGCAAGUAGUACAACCGUUAAGAAGUGACAAUAAACAUGCGGAAAGCGAUACAAAUAACUCAUCAGUACCAACAAAGAAAGCUAGAUUAGCAAUUCCUUCGGGUUUAGUUUCCUAUGCCAUCGACGAAGAUGAUGAUGAGCAUACGGUGUUAGAUACAGAUCAGAACACUGAUUCUGACGGUGAAAAUGAUCCUAAAUCAAAAGGUGAUCAUGGAUUCCAUCUUGGUAGUAUGGAUAUCCCGUUGGAUAAUUCGGGUGGACCCCCAACUAUUUUCAGUUCUGACCAGCCUAUCAACAUCUUGUCCCAAAACCAAGUUCAUAUUUCAGAACCAGUAAAUGAUGUAAAAAAUCCAAACUUAAUCACUAUUGAAGCGAAAGCAGAAAGUCCUACCCUUACAGAACGCCUUAUUCAAGCGGUUCAGUUGCCCUCUGAACCUACAGGUCACUGUUCAAUGGUGCUUCAAGAAAGAGUAGAGCGAGCAGUGCGUCGUAUGCGCUUGGAUAUAAGCUACGAUCCUAACAGAGCAAUUCAAGAUAACAAAGCGUUCCGUAAUCCCAGUAUUUAUGAAAAGCUGAUCGAUUUUUUGAAAAUUGACGAGAAAGGAACUAACUUCUCUACAGAUAUAUACGAUCCCUAUCGUUGGACUCCGCAGUCAUAUUAUGAAGAGCUUGCAAAGGUGCAAAAUCGUGAAAUCGACCGACUGAUGAAAAUGCAAAAAGAAAUUAAAAAAUCUGACCCAAAUACAACGAAUGCAAACAACAGCACAAGUGCGAAUGCACCUAAAAAUCCAAUUACUAGCACAGACAAACCCAGUACAACGUCUGGAGGGUCCGUUUCUACGGGGUACAUAGAACCAAAAAAACCAAGUAAAUGGGACACAGGUAUUCCUACCAACGUUCAACCCCAUGAUACAUCCUCAGAAUCUGUUAAGUUAUCUGUUCCCCCCGUUGGAAGUUUGAUCAAACGAAAUUAA